UAAUUAAAAUUAGUGGGGGACUAUUUUUAGCAGCAAGCGUAUCGAAUUCUUCGUGGAACCCCAUAAACGACUAUCUAAUCUGCAGAAAAAACGAAUCAAAUACACUAAACAAAAUGCAAAAACCCUAGAUUCAGGGCCAGAAAAAGACAGAAUCUUUCUGAUUAAUGUAGAUUAACUUUUCCCCCAUUUUAGUGGCUUAACUUUACCUACUUCCCAUCCACAUGUUUUUUUCUUCUGACUCAACAAAACAGAUAUAGCUGCAUUUUCUGUGAAGUAUACAAGAAAAAACAGAAGUGGGCCGCCAUAACCAUGUGUGGAAUUCUUGCGGUCUUUGGAUGCCUCGAUACUUCUCAAGCUAAGCGUUCUAGAAUCAUCGAACUUUCUAGAAGAUUACGGCAUAGAGGUCCUGACUGGAGUGGUCUGCACUGUUUUGAAGAUUGCUAUCUCGCCCAUCAGCGAUUAGCAAUUGUUGAUCCCACUUCAGGUGAUCAGCCACUGUACAAUCAGGACAAGACAAUUGUUGUAACAGUCAAUGGAGAGAUAUAUAACCACAAACAGUUAAGAGAGAAGCUAAAGUCACACCAGUUUCGCACUGGCAGUGAUUGUGAAGUGAUUGCACACCUUUAUGAAGAGUAUGGAGAAGAGUUUGUGGAUAUGUUGGAUGGGAUGUUCUCCUUUGUACUACUUGAUACACGUGAUAAAAGCUUCAUUGCUGCUCGUGAUGCUAUUGGUAUUACCCCACUGUACAUGGGUUGGGGUCUUGAUGGAUCUGUUUGGUUUGCUUCAGAAUUGAAGGCAUUGAGUGAUGAUUGUGAACGAUUCAUUUCUUUUCCUCCUGGGCACAUAUAUUCAAGCAAACAGGGUGCUCUAAGAAGAUGGUACAAUCCACCAUGGUUUUCAGAGCAGAUACCUUCAAUUCCAUAUGAUCCAAUGGUUUUGCGGGAAGCUUUUGAAAGGUCUGUGGUUAAGAGAUUGAUGACAGAUGUCCCAUUUGGUGUUCUUUUGUCUGGUGGACUGGAUUCAUCCCUUGUUGCUGCUGUGGCAUCACGUCACUUGGCAGAAAUCGAAGGAGCACACCAAUGGGGUUCACAGUUGCACUCAUUUUGUAUUGGUUUGAGGGGUUCUCCAGAUCUCAGAGCUGCAAGAGAGGUAGCUGAUUAUCUUGGAACUCGCCAUCAAGAGUUAUAUUUCACUGUUCAGGAAGGCCUUGAUGCACUUGAAGAGGUUAUAUAUCAUAUUGAAACAUAUGAUGUUACAACUAUAAGAGCAAGCACCCCAAUGUUUUUGAUGUCUCGCAAAAUAAAAGCUCUUGGAGUAAAGAUGGUUCUUUCUGGUGAAGGAUCUGAUGAAAUUUUUGGUGGUUAUUUAUAUUUUCACAAGGCACCUAACAAGGAAGAAUUUCAUGAGGAAACGUGCAGAAAGAUUAAAGCUCUCCAUCUGUAUGAUUGUUUGAGGGCCAACAAAGCAACGUCAGCCUGGGGUGUUGAAGCACGUGUUCCGUUUUUGGAUAAAGACUUUAUUAAUGUUGCAAUGAGUAUUGAUCCAGAGUGGAAAAUGAUCAAACGUGAUCAAGGCAGGAUUGAGAAAUGGGUUCUUCGUAAUGCUUUUGAUGAUGAUAAGAAGCCGUAUCUACCCAAGCACAUAUUGUACCGGCAGAAGGAACAGUUCAGUGAUGGAGUGGGAUAUAGUUGGAUCGAUGGUUUGAAGGAUCACGCUAGCAAACAUGUUUCAGAUUCAAUGUUAGCAAAUGCUAGUUUUGUUUAUCCUGAAAAUACUCCGACUACAAAAGAAGCAUACUACUACCGGACAAUUUUUGAAAAAUUCUUUCCAAAGAAUGCUGCCAGACAAACUGUACCAGGUGGUCCAAGUGUUGCUUGCAGUACUGCAAAAGCAGUAGAGUGGGAUGCAUCAUGGUCUAAAAACCUUGAUCCCUCUGGUCGUGCUGCUCUUGGUGUUCAUGAAGCUGCUUAUGAGGAAGCAGAUACUGCUAAAAAUGUGAAUUCGGUUGGUGAUUCCUAUCAAUCUCUGGGUGGCCAAGACGGAGUCACGACAAAAAUUGCCACAGCUGUCUAAAGACGAUUGUUGCGUAUCAUUUCUUGAGACGCAGCUUGUGUGAUUGCGAAAAGGGGCACAUCUCGUUUUAUUCAGCUGUAAACAGCUUUUAUAAUCAAUUUUUGUACCUGAAAUAGAUCUAUCCGCUAACAUAUGAAAAUACUUUGUUCUUGGACCAUGUGUUUGAAGGGUAGAAUACUUUCUACUUGUGUUGUAACUUUAAAGUGAAUAAAGUUAUCAUAUUUAUACAUUUUAAGGUUCACAGUUCA